UACUACCCCCCUUCCUCCUUCCCCCUCCCUCCCCUGCGCAGACCACUCGUUUCCUCCACACCACAAGAGGAGGAGGACGGAAGGGAAGGGCGGUGUCGCCCCCGAUCUGCCUCCGCGCCGCCCCUCCGCUCCCGUGGAACUACCAACAGCAGCAAGAUGGGUGCCGGCGGCAGGAUGACGGAGAAGGAGCGGGAGGAGCAGCAGAAGCUGCUCGGCCGCGCCGGCAAUGGCGCCGGCGUGCAGCGCUCGCCGACGGACAAGCCGCCGUUCACGCUGGGGCAGAUCAAGAAGGCCAUCCCGCCGCACUGCUUCCAGCGCUCGGUGAUCAGGUCCUUCUCCUACGUGGUCCAUGACCUGGUGAUCGUCGCCGCGCUGCUCUACUUCGCGCUGGUCCUCAUCCCCGUGCUCCCGAGCGGGACGGAGCUCGCCGCCUGGCCGCUCUACUGGAUCGCGCAGGGCUGCGUGCUCACCGGCGUGUGGGUCAUCGCGCACGAGUGCGGCCACCACGCCUUCUCCGACUACUCGGUGCUCGACGACAUCGUCGGCCUGGUGCUGCACUCGGCGCUGCUCGUCCCCUACUUCUCGUGGAAGUACAGCCACCGGCGCCACCACUCCAACACCGGGUCGCUGGAGCGCGACGAGGUGUUCGUCCCGAAGCAGAAGUCCGCCAUGGCGUGGUACACCCCGUACGUGUACAACAACCCGAUCGGCCGGCUGGUGCACAUCGUGGUGCAGCUCACCCUCGGGUGGCCGCUGUACCUGGCGUUCAACGUCUCCGGCCGCCCGUACCCGCGCUUCGCCUGCCACUUCGACCCCUACGGCCCGAUCUACAACGACCGGGAGCGCGCCCAGAUCUUCAUCUCCGACGUCGGCGUCGUCGCCGCGGGCGCCGCCCUGUUCAAGCUCUCGUCGGCGUUCGGGUUCUGGUGGGUCGUGCGCGUCUACGGCGUGCCGCUGCUGAUCGUGAACGCGUGGCUGGUGCUCAUCACCUACCUGCAGCACACCCACCCGGCGCUGCCGCACUACGACUCCAGCGAGUGGGACUGGCUCCGCGGCGCGCUCGCCACCGUGGACCGCGACUACGGCGUCCUCAACCGCGUCUUCCACAACAUCACGGACACGCACGUCGCGCACCACCUCUUCUCCACCAUGCCGCACUACCACGCCAUGGAGGCCACCAAGGCGAUCCGCCCCAUCCUCGGCGAGUACUACCAGUUCGACCCAACGCCCGUCGCCAAGGCGACAUGGCGCGAGGCCAAGGAGUGCAUCUACGUCGAGUCCGAGGAGAACAAGGGUGGCGUCUUCUGGUACAACAACAAGUUCUAACUGCUGCAGAUCCCAACACCACAUUCCAUAGCCAAGCAGCAACAAUUCAAAGAAGAAGAAGAAUUCAAGGAAGAUAAUCUAGUGUAUCCAUCGAACCAUGAACCAUCAUCUAUCUAUCUAUCUAUUUAUCUAUCCAUGCAUCUAUCUAUCUAUGGUUAGUCUUUAGAAGAUAGGAGAGGGGCACUUGGGCACAGAGGGAAGGCUAUUGCAGUGCCAUUGCUAGAGUUGCCAUCGAAGUGCCAAGUAGGCGGAUCGGGCAUGCGUCGCAUCCCUGUGGAUUGUGUAGUCUUGAUGUGUCUGUCAGCUGCUGCGCUUAUGUGUGCCGCAUCUUCGGGUCUCGGUCGUUUUAUUUCCAUCGUUUUCUUUUUGCACCCCCGCCAUUAUUCGCUUUUAGAUGUUGUCAUGGUCGGCGUCCGUGUGGACAUGUCUUGUGCGUUUUUUUGUCUGUCAUUGGGUUGGCUCCGUCCGUUGCUUGUUGUUGUAAGACACUUGUGCUGUUUAUGGCGGAAUAACUAAACGUCGAAUGGAAUGACAGCUUUUUUGAGUA